UUUAUAGAUUCUAUCGUAAUCAAACAAAAGUCAAAGUCUACAUAUUUCCUUCUCUUUUAUUAUCUUUUAUUAAUUUUUUGUUUCUGAUUUUCCUUUUUUUGGUCGGGAACUCUCUUCCCUCUUCAACGCCUCAAGUCAUUUGCCUUUGUUUUUUUUUUUUGGGUAAAGAAAGAAGUCUUUUGCUUUUGUUGGUAUGCAACUUGGACUUUUUAGAUUGCGCUAGGUUACGGCAUUUGGGGGGCGUAUGGCAAUUUGAUUAGAAUUUAGAAAAUGCUUAUAUAAAAAUGAAAAAUCUUAUUACCAAUAAACAAUCCCUCGGAGACCAACAAGAAGAAGAAGAGUUAGGCUUUGUUGUGCUGUGUGUUGCAGCGUUUCCCACUUGGCCUUUCAAUUUUUUUCAUGGCCCUGUUUCCCAAAAGACCAAAAAAAAGCUCCAAAACCCAGACGCUUCUUUAUUUGGCUUCCUUUUUCUCUGUAGCUGUCUCUCUCAUCUCUCUUUGAGGAACUAGCUAAGGAUACUCGAAGGGUGGUAUGAACAGUACUCUCUGAGCUCUGCUUGGUGGUCGGUCUUUGUUUGAUUUCUCUCUGGUUCUGGUAAAACAAUGGCUGAAGACAUCUGUUUCUUCAACAAGGAAACUCUGAUCAUAAAGCCUCCUAAGAAAUCUCCUUUGUUAUUGAGGAUGACAGUCCUAGUAUUUGCAAUGGUCUUUGGCGUUUAUAUCUGCUCAAUAUGUCUAAAGCAGUUAAGUAUCCAAACCAUGACUAGAUUUCAAAGCAUCAAAGUCAUUGCAAGGCCUUGCCACGACACCAAACUACUAGAAAUUCCUUAUAAGCAUUACCCAAUGCCUGAAACUUUUAGCAGGGCUGAAUGUGCACGUAAUCCUGUAAGAUUCUUUGCAAUCUUGUCGAUGCAGAGAUCAGGGAGUGGGUGGUUUGAAAGCCUGUUGAAUAGUCAUAAAAACGUUAGUUCUAAUGGAGAGAUAUUCUCCGUUAGGUCUAGGAGGGAAAACAUAUCUUCAAUUGUACAGACUCUGGAUAAAGUUUACAAUUUGGACUGGUUCAGUAGUGCUUCGAAGAAUGAGUGCUCUGCAGCAACUGGCUUCAAGUGGAUGCUUAAUCAGGGGUUAAUGGAGCACCACAAAGAAGUUGUGCAAUACUUCAAUCGCAGGGGCGUCUCUGCAAUAUUUCUCUUUCGAAGAAACUUGUUGCGUAGAAUGGUUUCUGUUCUUGCUAAUUCUUAUGAUCGAUACGCUAAGCUAUUGAAUGGAACCCACAAGUCACAUGUACAUUCAGAAGAAGAGGCUGAUACCCUGAAAAAGUACAAGCCUACUAUCAAUAGCACGAAGUUGAUUACUGAUCUUAAGGAAAUGGAGUUGACAACUUCAAAGGCUUUAGAGUACUUCAAUAGCACUAGGCACAUCGUUUUGUUCUACGAGGACAUUAACCGCACUAAACUAAAAGAAGUUCAAGAGUUUCUUAGCCUUCCACAGAUGGAAUUAACCAGCCGUCAGGUAAAGAUACACAAUGGACCGUUGUCAGACCUUAUCAAGAACUGGGAUGAUGUGAAGAAGACGCUUAUAGGAACACCUUACGAAGAUUUUCUCCGCUCGGACUAUUAGGCGUAGUCCUCUGCUAACUCUUUGAUACUGGUGUACAUACCAACUCAAGUUAUUCUUACCCCAGAAGCUGACAGGAUAUUGCCCGUGCUUUAAAAUUUUUUGGCCGCAACAACACAGGCCUGGUGUUUUGAUCCUUCUUCAUUUUUUAUCUCAUCAACACUCCGUUGAUGUGUCUAUACACCUUUUUUCUUUUUGUUAACCAGACAGACACAUUGUAUAUGUCAGCUAAGCAAUGUGAGUGAAUAUGCAAUUCUUUAAUCUCUAUUUUGUUUUCUUGAUCACCCUUUAA